GAAGAACAAGUUAAGACUGGCAUGUCAGGGAGGGACAAGGCUAAAGAGUAAGAGAGAGAGGAACCUGUUUCAGUGAUUUCACUCAAUAGGAAAACGCAGGAUGGUUGGAUCUGACACCUAUUGCUGACAGGAAACACACACACAUACCAGCGUGUGAUGUCCUUGAGGGGUGGAGUCAAUGCAGCCAUGUGGGCGGGGCUAAGACAGGAAGAGCAGACACUUCCCUCCAUAAACAGAACAGGGGGCUAAUGAUCCCAUGUGACCUUUGAUACCUCACCUUCAGUCACUUUCUCAUCUACCAAAGGGGGGUUGGCCCUGAACCAUCACAAUGGCAACAGCUUCCUCCAUGCUCGCUAGAGGUCUGGGUCUGGUCUUGGUGGAGUUUGACUAUGAGUACCAGGGGCGGGACGGUACCACAAUCUCCAUCAAACCCAACGAGCGCUACAUCCUGCUGGCUAAGACAAACAACCACUGGUGGCAGGUCCAGAGGGACCAGAGCUCCAAGUCAUUUUACAUCCCUGCCAAGUACGUGAAAGAGCUGCCGACUGAGUUCCACUCGCCUCUAGACUUCGACCCACCCAGUCCUGAACUUGUACUGCUUCCUGUGGUGGUUCCGGUUCCGGUUCCAGUUCCAGUCCCAGUCCCAAAGACUCUGGAAGAGUUCAGAACCCAACCAGGGGAUGACGUGAUGAUCCGACUCAGACCUGAACCCAAACAAAACCGCAAGACUGAGAACCGCAUGUCCACUUUUGGGUUCCCACUCGACUCUCCUGAAACGUCUUUUUUGUCAGUACCGCGGCAUUCCAGCACACCCCCUGCUGAUGCUGCCAAAACCGGAACUACAAACUUGGCUGACAAGAAACACCUUCCGGGGUUUGCGGAGGAUCACCGAGACUCUGACAAACAUAGAGCUCCCAGUUUCAGUCCAGCAGACCCGGUGCCCUCACCUAGAACCCAGACCCAGCCCAUUGCCGUGGAGACGCCGGUGGUCCCGCUGGCCCACCCACACUACGAAGCCUCCUUUCCAUCCACAGGUCGCUGUGACAACCGGGAGUCCUCGACAGAGGAGGAGGAUCUGGAGGAGGAGCUUUGUGUGGAGGAGAGCAGCAGUGAAGAGGAUCCUGUAAAGGAGGAGGAUUCAAACCACAUCUAUGAAUCCAUACAGGACCUUAACCUGGACCUGGAGGCUCUGGUGGGAGGAAGUCCUGCAGUGCCUCAUUCACAGGACCCGCCCCCUUCACAGAUUGUUGACUCGUUCCAUCCAAAGUCGCCCAUCUACGCCAACAUCUCCUCCAUAAAGAAAACAAACCUCCCCCAGAUCUCCAUCUCUGACCCCGCCUUCCCCUCGUCACCUCCUCCUGACCUGACCCCCUCCAUCCCGUCCUCCUCCGUCUCCUCCUGUAUGAUAAGCCCCGCCUCCCCCCUCAGCCCACAGGACGGCUGGCAGGUUCACAUCGACCAGGACAGCGGACAAGAGUUCUACUUCCACCCAGUAACCAGACAGACCACCUGGUCCAACCCCAAAGACCUUCCUCCCUCGUUGGAAGGAGAGUUGGACCGGUCCAAGUCUAGCGACGGGGGUGCUGUGCUCUCCCCCGCCUCCUCUCAGGGUUCUGCUGGUUGGGAGCAGCUGGUUGACGAAGCCUCCGGGAAGUUCUACUACCACAACCCAUCCUCGGGAACUACAUCGUGGGCCGCCCCGGAGCCGCCACCACCCGCCCCCCUCCCAGCAGCCCCAGCCGACAGGCCGCCUCCACUGCCUAAAGAAGAUUAUCCACCUCAGGUACAGGAUGACAACAACGAGGUCUUCACGACGAAUCCUCAGCAGCUCGUGUGUUUGAUUCCCAGAGCUCAGCUGGACCCGAAAGAUGAAAUCAGACCGCAGCAGGUAUCUCCUGUGCCCCAACGGAUGAUAGGAAAUGGAGUUUCUGAGGAGGAAACAACUUCAGAGGGGAAAAACUGGAGACAAGCCGUCGCUGAAGAGACCUUCAUUCACAGCCACAGAAGGAACGUCUCUGAGAUCAACGAGAUGUCUAAUAGGAGACCCUCCCCUGACAGUCCUCAGCUCUCGCAUUCACACAAACUGAAGAGGAACCUCUCAGACCGGAGUGAAGGUUCCCAGCAGCAUCAUGGCCAUCAUUUGGAGAAAGCAGGAAUCAUGAAUAAGACCAAAGUAGUCGAUCACGGUAAAAAGAUCAGGAAGAACUGGAGUCAGUCCUGGACCGUCCUCCAUGGUGGGAUCCUAACCUUCCACAAAGACCCCAAGUCAGCUACAACUGUGAACGCAAGUAAAACAUCACAGAUUGUUCCAGAGUACACCGUGGAACUGAGAGGAGCCUCGGUGAGCCGGGCGACCAGGGACAAGUCCUCUAAGAAGAACGUCCUCGAGCUGAAAACUCGUCAGGGCUGCGAGUAUCUGAUGCAGUACGACACCGAGAGCAUCAUCAGUGAUUGGCUGAAGGUGAUGCAGGACACCAUCAGACAGCUGGAGCAGGAUCAUGUGUCAGAGGAUGAGGACGAAGCUGCUUCAGACAAAGAGGACAAAGACAGGAAGAGGACAACAAGCAGGACAUCCUCUGGAAUAGUUGACUCAGAACAACGGCAUGUUCGAACCAAACUCCGGCGUUUCCUCCAACGGAGGCCAACGCUGCAGAGCGUCAAGGAGAAGGGAUACAUCCGAGACAACGUCUUUGGCUGUCACCUGGAUACUCUCUGUCACCGAGAGAACAACACCACCCCGAAGUUCAUGGAGAAGUGUAUCAGGACUGUGGAGAGGAGAGGUCUGGAUGUGGACGGAAUCUACAGAGUUAGUGGAAACUUGGCUGUGAUCCAGAAACUGAGACAUAAAGCUGAUCAUGAGGAGCAGUUGGAUCUGGAGGACGGACAGUGGGAGGAGAUCCAUGUGAUCACUGGAGCUCUGAAGCUUUUCUUGAGGGAGCUUCCAGAACCCCUGUUUCCCUUCAGCUGCUUUGACAAGUUCAUCGCAGCCAUCCAGGUCCAGGACUACAGCCUGAGAGUCUCUUAUAUGAAGGACCUGGUCCGAUCCCUACCGCUGCCGAACCACGACACCAUGGAGCUGCUGUUCAAACACCUGCGCAGGGUGGUCGAGCACAAAGAAUCCAACAGGAUGUCGGUACAGAGCGUCGCCAUCGUAUUCGGCCCCACGUUGCUCCGCCCCCAGACUGAGUCAUCCAGCAUGACAAUCCACAUGGUGUUCCAGAGUCAGAUAGUUGAACUCAUGCUUAACGAGUUCCAAACUGUCUUCUCAGAGAGCUAGGGAAAGCUCCUGGAGCUCCUCUGAAAUCUUUUAGGACCCUAUGGAACAUCCUGAAGCUUCUCUGGACCUCCUGGACCUCCUGGGGCUCCUUUGGAGCCUUCUGGAGCUCUUCUGGAACUUCCUGGAUGUCCUGUGGAACACUCCCCUGAACCCUCAGACCUCUUGCAAGCCCCCCCAAAUACCAGGACACUUGCUGAGGUUCUUCCAAAGAUUUUGAACCUGGUGAUCACCUCCUUUCUGACCAAGUACUUUGAGUAUGCAACUUGAAACCCUGCUUACUACCCUGAUAUUCUGAAAGCAGUCUGGCUCCACUUUUUAAACCCUGUGAAACAUAUUUACAUCUUACAUUAGAGCAAGAACCUUUCCAACAAAGUCCACAUCUUCGAAGAACGUUUUAGAUCUCCGGGACCUGAAUUCAAGACGUGGUUCACCAGGUUCCUCCCUCCCUACCUACUGCACCUGAUAGGACCUGAGCGAAACCAUCUAAAUUGGACACUUUAACCAAAACAACCAAAACUCACUAACUUAGAAACACUGAAGCUCUGAGCAGAAUACCUUACUUUGAGGAUAAACUGUUCUAAAAUGUUCUAAAAACUUUAAAUACUCUUUAAAUCUGUUCAGGAUUCUUUGGACACAAACAUCACCUCAUCCUUGUAAUACAUUUUGUUGAUAUGUAAAUUCAAAGGGUUUUGAAGCUGUAGAGGAAACAAUGAUCUCAAUACAGGUCGACCAGGACGUCUAUACCGUCUCCAUAAUAACAAUUCAAUCAGCGCGCAGCCUUAAUGUAAAUCUGCUCUAUGGACUGGUAGAGACCUGUCAGCGUGUAGCCCCGCCCUAAAGCAACCCUUGGCUUAUGGUCGGUUUGACUCUACAUGGACAUCAUUUACUAAAUGAACAUCAUGCUGUAUUGAAGAAGACUUGAAACUAGAGAUUGAGGCCAUAAACUCAUGUUCACAAUGUUUACUGAGGGAAUAAAUCAAGAGAGAAGUAAAAUAAUUUUCUCAUUCUAUGGGACUAGAGGAGUCGCCCCCUGCUGGUCACUACACAGAAUGCAGCUUUAAGACGUGAAGCCUUGACUUCAAUAAGUCUAUGUUCAUGCGUGUGAAUGAACACUGUCUCCUUUAAGAGGCAAACACUGCAGUUUAAUCUUAAACAUUAUUUGUUCAUAAAGUGUUCUAAUUAAAGAUUCAAUUCAUCAGUACAAUCACUACAAGCCUGGCAAAACAUAAAAGUAAUGUUUCUCAACUAUGUUACUAUAUGUCGACUUUAAGUUUGUGUUUUAAGUUCGAAAUGAAUCUGAAUGAUUCAUAUUUAAGACAUAAUCAUUCAUGUUGUCAUAAGAAUAAAAACACUAGAGCAGAAGAAGCCCUUAGGAUGGUAAGCUAGGCUAAACACAUCCUGGAUCUACCUAUUUGAGAGAGCCGGAGGUUUAAUCAAAGUGUUUCAUUAAAUUCUAUUAAGAAUAUUGAUUUGGUAUACUGACUUUGUUGGAGCCAUAAUGCAGGUUUUGUUGCUUUUGUUGAUCUUGAGGGAAACACCUAGUGAAUUGGGACAGGCAGUUGCUACAUUUGAACUUAGGGGGGCACAUUUCCAGUAAAAUGCAAAUAAGUAAGUGCCUGCUAAUGAGAACAGGUGUGGAUGGGAAGCAGACAGUUUUGACCGUGUCGCAGGUGUCAACAAGGUGGCGCCUGUAACGAGCAAAUGCAACGUAAUGCAAGGAUUUGCAUUAAUAAUUGUAUAUGGAGCACAGAACACGAGGCCAUUCAUUUUCCCCCAGUUUGCCCCAGUGGCUUCAACACAUACAUUGGAAAUGUGUUUGUUUUGUAAAAUGUUUAAUCUUCUGGUUUAACACUUCUGGUUUGUCGGGUGAAUUCUAGAAAUUAUAAUCUGUGAUGUAUGUUUUAUAGUAUUGAUAUAUAAGUAUUACAGAUAUGGGACAAAGUAAAUGUGGAAGAUAAACAGAUGAAGCAAAAAGGAUCUGAUCUGUGUUCAGUGGUUUUUUCCUGAUGUAGCUUCUCUCUGUCUUCAUGUGGCAAGUAACCAAACCAAAAAACAUUUGAAUCAAUAAAUGAUGAAUCAAUAAAGAGGAGUUCAAAAGUCAA